AUGAUGUUCAUUUACGCGUGCACAGUCAUACUUACGGCAAUAUGUGAAGUCAUUGCCGUAGACCAGAAGGACUUUGCACCAAAUGUAGGCACAGUACUGUUCACUGCAGCAGAUCUUAAAAAGAAACAAUGGAGCAAAAGCGAACUAGCAUUGAUAAAGGCCAGAAGGUACUUUCAAACCCUGCUCCCUCCACCAGUGUUCAUUAACAACUUCAAUGAAGACUACGUCAACAUACUACUCGGAUAUUUCAGAGACGCUUACACUGCUAUCAGACGAGAAGCUCCUGACACCGAAACAGAUACCAUUAUGACUACAGCUCUAUCUGAUGCAAUAGGCGGCUACCUUAAAGUUUGGGUACUACCUGUGGCAAAAUUAGACUACUAUGGAGGCACAAUAUCUCAAAAUAACGUGGUCAAAUUAUUCCAAUUUUACAAUGAGAUAAAAAGAUACUUAGACACCGAUGGAGUCCAAUGGCGUGAGCCUGAUGAAAAAGUUCUCAACUCCAUGACCAUCAAUGUUGCUCCAUUGAAGAUAGUAUCAAAUACCAGAAGCAUGAAAAAUCCUUGUGAUAAUUUGGCUUACUUUGAAAAGACUGACACAGGAUUGGCGAUACCGAUUCCAAAUGUGAAUUGGAAUCAGAGAUCAAGUACAAUGUUUAUACCUCUGAAGAAUACAUCUUUGAUACGGAUGAACACUCCAGAUUCUUCACACAAUUUGAUUAAGUACUACGAUGCAGCAACAAAUUGUAUUCAAUCUAGUAACCCUAAGGAACAGGAGAAAUUCGAUGAAAAAUUUCAAGAUUGGCUCGCGAAUGACGUGGUACCACACUUAAAGGAUGAGAACUUGUAUCUCGCACUUGGAAGUGUACUCUCACUAGUAAACAGAACACGAGAUCUUUGCAAUAACGUCAUUGACUUAUACGGUAACAGAUUAACCGUGUGUGGAAAACCUCCUUCCCACGCAUUAGUCGAUUUAUCAUGUAAAAAGAUGUGGGUAAUAUCCAUAAUACUGCUUAUCGAAGUGGCCUGGUGCAUACCAGCUUUAAUUUACAUAUUAUGUUCUAAAAGAUUAAAAAAAAAAGAUUGUACAAGUAACGUCUAUCUCUUUAUAGAUAAUAAUAAGGGCGAAAAGGCGGAGAAAAAAGGCAAAGGUUACUUUAAAGGUAAGGCAAGCUACAGAGUUGAAGAUACCUGCACAAUGCCACAAGAUAAAUCCUACACGACAUCCAGUAAAAAUCCGGAAGUAAAAUUACUUCGUAGAUCUGAGUUUACGAACAUGGAAUUUGAGGGCGAAUUACCCGAAAUGAGAAUUGCGAAGAAUGUUGGAAUUGGGUCCAAAGUGUGUUGUGUUCCAUCGUGUCCCGUAGCUAACAAAAAGUCACGCGAAAAUCCUAAACAAGUUGGAGUUGUCAUAAAAAAAAAAUCGUCACUUAAAAAGCCAGUUCAAAAUUUGUAUCCUGAUAGAUGUAAUUCUAUGCAACUAAUGGCUUUAUCAAGUCACGAUCAGGGUUUCAGCUGUAGUUCUAAACUUACCCAAAGUAAUACCAGUUUUACAACUGUACGAAAUGCGUCAAAUAACGUACCAGCAGACAGUACAUCAUUUGACCACAAAAACAGAAAAAGACAAGGAAAAUGUGAUGAUCGUAGAAAGUCGGAGGAGUGUUGUCAAGUCCUUAAUGAAGUCCGUAGCAACAGGUCACCAGAUGGACAAGGAAGAUUUGAGGCACUUCGAAAAGCAGAAGAAUGUAAGAAACUUGAAGAACGGCGAAAGGCUGAAGAAUAUAAAAAAGCAGAAGAACGCAGAAGGGUAGAAGAAUAUAAGAAACUAGAGGAACGCAAAAGGGCAGAAGAAUAUAAGAAACAAGAAGAACGCAGAAGAGCAGAAGAAUUAAGGAAGCAAGAAGAACGUAGAAGGGCCGAAGAAGGUAAGAAACUAGAAGACCGCAAAAACGCUGAAGAAUAUAAUAAACUUGAAGAACGACGAAAGGCUGAAGAGCGUAAAAAACAAGAAGACAAUAAAAAGGCAGAAGAAAUCAAAAAAAUUGAAGAACGUAAAAAAGCAGAAGAAUUAAAAAAAUUUGAAGAACGUCGUAAGGCAGAACAACGAAAAAUAAUGGAAGAACGUAAAAUAGCAGAGGAACGUAAGAAGGCAGAAGAAUACCAGAAAUUAGAAGAAUGUAGAAUGGCAGAGGAACAUAGAAUAGCAGAAGAACGUAGACUGGCAGAAGAACUUAGAAUCGCAGAAGAACGUAGAAUGGCAGAAGAACAUAGAAUAGCAGAAGAACGUAGACUGGCAGAAGAACUUAGAAUCGCAGAAGAACGUAGAAUGGCAGAAGAACAUAGAAUAGCAGAAGAACGUAGAAUGGCAGAAGAACUUAGAAUAGCAGAAGAAUGUAAAAUGGCAGAAGAACUUAGAAUUGCUGAGGAACGUAAUAAAACUGAAGAAUUACAGAAACUAGAAGAAUGUAUAACGGCAGAAGAAUGUCAGCAAUUGGAUGAAUUCAGAAAAAAUGAAGACUGUAGACAUGCCGAUGUGUCCCGAAUGUUUGAAGAUCACAGAAGAGCCGAGGAAUGUAGGUUAAUGGAAAAACAAGACAAUUACAAAACACUAGACGAGUACAGGAUGCUAGAAAAACUUAAAGAAUGCAGAACCCUUGAAGAACAGAUUAAAGCAGAGGAGUUUAAUAGAAGACUUAAGUUACUUGAUGAUCAAAAAAGGAAAUAUGAAGAAUAUAGAAAAUUCCAGGAACGCAUGAACCUUGAACAAUGGGAAAAACUUAAAGAACAAAAUGACGAACAAAAAAGUCUUGAGGAAUUUCAUAGACGAAGAAAAUCUGAUCAUUCUAGGAGAAUUGAUGAACGGAGAAAACCAGACGAGGCUAAAACGUUUGAUGAAUACAAAGAACUUGAAGAAAUCAGACAGCUUGACGAAUAUAGGAAACAUGACGAUUCUAUAAAAUAUGAUAAAUUGAGAAAAUAUGACGAAACCAGAAAAUUUGAUGAGCCGAUAAAAUAUAAUGAGAAUAUAAAUUAUGAUGAGGCAAGAAACAACGACAAGGCGAGAAAAUAUGAUGAGGCAAGAAACAACGACAAAACGAGAAAAUAUGAUGAGGCAAGAAAUUAUGAUGAUCGCAGAAAACGUGAUACAGCUAGAAAUCUCAAUGAGCGUAAAAAAUAUGAGGAAAUCAGAAAAUUUGAGGAAUCCGACAAAUAUAGUAAACCCAGAGAACAUAACAAAGGCAGAGAACUUGAAGAAAUUAAAAAUCUCGAUGACUAUAGAGAUUUCGAUACUUGUCCACAACUUGAUGCACACAGACAUAACAAUAAAGACUUCGAUGACAGCAAGGCGUUUGAAAGUCUUACAAACUUAUACUCAGGCACUAAGAUUUACAAUGACUUUAGAAAAACAGAGGAUUUAAGAGAACAAGAUCGUAAAUGUUAUAAUAAAACUGACAACAGUGGUGUUCGAGGUGCCUUUUCUAAUAAGAUAGAUGACCUGGGAGCCAAGGAAGGCGGUUAUUCUAGCAAUACUAGUGACCACAUGCCACGAGACGGUGGAUGCAAAAAUACAGAUCACCGUGGUUCUCGUAAUAAGAUAGAUGACAGAGUAGCACGAGAUGGUAGCUCUGAUAAUAAGACGGGUGAAAGGGAAUUACGUGGAACUCCACGCGGUUGCCAUAAGGGAGAUGACAGAGUGGCACGAGACUGUAGCUGUAAUAAUAAGGCAAGCCGAAGAGAAGUACGUGGAACUCCACGUUGUUGCCAUAAGGCAGAUGACAGAGUGGCACGUGACCGCAGCUGUAUAAGAUCAGACCGGAGGCGACAAGACGAAGCUGAACGUGGCUACUGUAAAAGGUCCGGAGACCGAAGGAAGCGAGAACACAGCUGUAGUAGACGAGCACAUCAUCGAAAAGAACGGGACGACAACAUUUACAUAAUUGAAAAUCGGAAUGAACGAGAGGACAGCUCUUAUUUAAGAACUAAAGAUAAAAAAGACAGUGAGGUAACAGAAAAUACGGACCUAGUCAACGAUGUUAAAUUUGAGAAUUUAGAUCGUAAAGCACUUGAAUAUGACGGCUACAACAGUCAAUUGGCAGACUCCCGAGACACAGUAACAGAUGAACUUCUAAAAAGUUCUUAUCCUUGUACGGAGUGCAUCGAUUCACAAUCGACUUCAACUUGUCGUGACGUAACUUCAGAUAGUCUUUCAAAAUAUCAGUCAGAGAAACCGAUGGAAAAAGAAAGAAAAACGACUCGCUUUCAGGUCACGAAGGAACGGAUACCAGGAAACAGAGGAAAGAGUAAAAACAAAGUUAAAGUAAAAACUGGAAAGUCGCCGUACUUGGAGAUUACAAUCGACAGGCCUACUACUGAAAUUUGUGUGGAUAUGGGACAGUGCAAGUCGCACUAUUCGUCGUUUAAACCAAGCAAGAUACCUAAACGCGCUGAUAAUGGUCAACUAUGCCAUAGUAGGCAAGGAUCAGACCCAUCGGAAAAACAAAAGAGCCUGAUUCCUCAACCAAAGAAGAAAACGCUGGAUGACAUAGCUUUAGCCCAGUGCGGUUGUUCCAGGUCAUGCGACAGCAGAUUAAACGACACAUUCUGA